AAACAGUUUGAUGAACACUUCUUAUCAGAGCUCCUCACAGUUGAAGAGAUGUCUCAUCUGCGGUGUUCAGAUGAGCUGGUUUUCUUUGUGAAUGGGAAAAAGAUAGUAGAAAGAAAUGCGGAUCCUGAAAUUCAGUUGCUUCCAUACUUGAGAAAGCAUUUGCGUCUUACUGGUACGAAAAGUGCCUGCGGAGUAGGUGGCUGUGGGGCCUGCACAGUCAUGGUGUCUUCCAUUCAUCCAGUGUCUAAGAAAAUCCUACAUUACCCAGUGACAGCAUGCCUGACUCCAAUUUGUUCCCUGCAUGGAAUGGCAGUCACCACAACAGAAGGAAUAGGAAAUUCAGUCACAAGGCUGCAUCCAGUCCAGGAGAGGUUAGCUAAAGCUCAUGGUUCACAGUGUGGGUUCUGUAGUCCUGGGAUGGUGAUGUCCAUGUAUUCUUUACUGAGAAAUAAUCCAGAGCCCACCAUUCAAGAGAUCAUGGCUUACUUAUCUGGAAACCUGUGUAGGUGCACUGGAUACAGGCCCAUUUUGGAUGGUUUUAGGACAUUUGAUAAGAAUUGCUGUAAAAGUGAUGAAGAAAAUAUGCUGCCUGAGAUGACGUCACCUAAACUCUUCAAUGAGCAGGACCUUUUGCCACUGGAUUCGACACAAGAACUUAUCUUUCCACCUGAGCUGAUGUUGAUGCUCAAUAACCCAAAGAAAAUGAUGACUUUUCAUGGAGAGAGAAUUACUUGGUAUUCACCUUCAACACUUGGAGAACUUCUCGAAUUAAAGAAGAAAUUUCCUAAAGCUCCUCUUGUAGUUGGUAACACCACUGUUGGUAGACAGAUGAAGUUGGAGGGUGUUACUAAUCCUGUAAUCAUCUCACCACUGAGAAUCAUACAGUUACAUGCUAUUUCUACUAAUGAUCAAGGACUCGUGACUGGAGGAGCAGUUGGCUUUUCUCAAGUUAAACAGCACUUCCAGGAGAAUGUCUCUAAGUUACCACAAGAGAUAACAGGACUCGUGAUUGGAGCAGCAGUUAGUCUGUCUCAAGUUAAAGAGCUCUUACAGGAGAAUGUCUCUAAGUUACCACAAGAGAAAACAAAGUUAUUUCAAAGUUUACUACAGCAUCUAAGCACAUUGGCUGGAGAACAGAUCAGAUGCAUGGCGUCUCUAGGAGGACAUGUCAUGAGCAAAGCUGCAACAAGUGAUCUAAAUCCUAUUCUUGCUGCUGGGGGUGCCAUGCUGAAUUUGGCAUCUAAAGGAAGCUCAAGGACAAUCCCAUUGAAUGAUGUAUUUUUCACAGAUUCAUCCACUGUAGAGCCUGGAGAAGUCUUACUCUCGGUUCUUAUCCCAUAUUCUGGAAAGAAUCAAGUUGUGUCAGCAUUCAGACAAGCCCUGAGUGAAGAAAAUUCUUUUGCCAUUGUCAAUGCAGGAAUGCAAGUUCAAUUUAAUAAUGACACUGAUGUGAUUAAAGAAAUUGCCAUUUUCUAUGGUGGUGUGGGUUCCUCUACUGUAUCUGCAAAGGAAACCUGCCAGGCUCUCAUAGGCAGGCAUUGGAAUGAUGAGAUGCUCUCUGAAGCCUGCAGAAUGGUCCUAAAUGAGAUAACUAUUCCACCAUCCGCUCCUGAAGGAAAGGUAGAAUACAAGAGAUCUCUGAUCAUCAGUUUUCUCUUCAAAUUCUACCUUCAAGUUCUGCAGGUCCUGGAUAAACCUAUCACAUCUUCUGUCAAGGCAUCAGAACAUCUCAGUGCCAUCAGAGGUUUUGAGACUACAGUUCCAAAAACAGUUCAGCUUUUCCAGGAAGUUACCACCAAGCAGCCAGUGGAAGAUCCUGUGGGCUAUCCAGUAGUACACCUGUCUGGCAUUACGCAGGCCACAGGAGAAGCUAUAUAUGUGGAUGACAUGCCACGUAUGGAUCAAGAACUUUUCCUAGCUUUUGCUACCAGCAAAAAAGCCCAUGCAAAGAUUGUGUCCAUUGAUGCUAGUGAUGCUCUCAAAAGUCCUGGUGUAGUUGACAUAAUAAGAGCAAAGGAUGUCCCUGGACUCAAUGAAAUCUCUACACAAGGUCCAUUAUUUUCAGAGGAAGAGGUUAUUUGUGUGGGACAAAUAAUAUGUGCAGUUGUUGCGGACACUCCUGAACAUGCAAGAAGAGCAGCGGCAAAAGUGAAGAUAAGCUAUAAAGAUCAGGAACCACUCGUUCUCACAGUAGAGGACGCGAUUAAGCACAAUUCAUUCUUUGAACCUACCAAACAAAUUUUGCAUGGGAAUGUAGAGGAAGCCUUUAAGAUGGCUGAUCACAUUAUUGAAGGGGAAGUUCAUAUUGGAGGACAGGAGCAUUUCUAUUUGGAAACCAAUUGUGUUCUUGUUGUGCCAAAAGGAGAGGCACAUGAGUUUGAUGUAUACGUCUCUUCACAGGAUCCUGCGACUUCACAGUUUUCCGUGGCCAGCGUCCUUAACGUUCCAUCGAACAGGAUUAUGUCUCAUACAAAAAGAGUUGGUGGAGCAUUUGGAGGCAAGACUACUAAACCGGGUAUUUUUGCAAGUGCCGCAGCUGUAGCUGCUCAAAAAACCAAAAGGCCCAUUAGGUGUGUUCUGGAGCGCAAUGAAGAUAUGUUAAUGACUGCUGGUCGCCAUCCUUUCAAAGGAAUAUACAAAGUUGGGUGUAUGAAUGACGGAAAAAUUGUAGGUGCAGAUGUAACUUUCUAUGCCAAUGCCGGAUGCACCCCUGAUGAAUCUAUUCUGGUGAUAAUAAUAGCGAUGCUUAAGAUGGACAAUGCAUAUGACUUCUCCAACCUUAACUGCCGGGCAAAGGCUUGCAAGACAAACCUGCCUUCUAAUACUGCUUACCGAGGAUUUGGUUUUCCUCAGACCGGUUUGAGCUCAGAGACCAUGUUGGAUGCUGUGGCUAGAAAAUUAGGAUUGCCUCCUGACCAGGUUCGGGAGAAGAACAUGUAUAAAGGCAUUGGACGGACAUAUUACAAGCAGGAGUUUAACGCCACCAAUCUGACACGCUGCUGGAAUGAAUGUUUGGAGAUGUCAUCUUAUACCAAGAGAAGAACCGAGAUCCAAAAAUUCAACAAAGAAAACUACUGGAAGAAGAAAGGCAUAGCUAUUAUACCCAUAAAGUUUGCUGUUGGCUAUAUUGAAAAAAUGUAUCACCAGGCUUCAGCUUUGGUUCACAUCUACAGAGAUGGAAAAGUCCUAAUCAGUCACAGUGGGGUGGAAUUAGGACAAGGCCUCCACACAAAGAUUAUACAGAUUGCAAGCAAAGAACUCAAGAUACCAAUGUCAUACAUUUACAUCUCUGGGACCACCACAGUAACUGUCCCAAAUUCCCUUCCAACUGCUGGUUCCAUAGGCACAAAUAUUUGUGGCCUGGCCGUUAAGUAUGCCUGCGAGACCCUCUGUGAAAGGUUAGAACCAUUUGUCAAAAAAAAUCCAAAUGGUAAAUGGGAGGAGUGGGUUUUGGGUGCUUUUAGUCAGAAAGUGAGCCUUUCAGCUACUGGAUUUUUCAGGGGAUAUAACACAGAAAUGGACUGGGAGAAGGGAGAAGGUAAUAUUACCCCAUAUUACAUCUUUGGGGCAGCUUGUUCUGAGAUUGAGCUAGACUGUCUAACUGGAGGACAUAAGAAUCUCCGCACUGAUAUGGUUGUGGAUGCUGGAGAAAGCAUAAACCCAGGUGUAGACAUUGGUCAGCUUGAAGGUGCCUUUGUUCAGGGACUUGGUCUCUACACAAUAGAAGAACUCCAUUAUUCCCCUCAAGGUGACAUGUAUACAUUAGGACCUGAUAAAUAUAAGAUACCUGGUGUGCGUGAUAUUCCCAGUGAAUUUAAUGUCUCCCUUCUGGCAUCAUCCAACAAUCCAUAUACCAUAUACUCUGCUAAGGGUCUAGGGGAAAUAUCCGUGUUUUUGGGAUGUUCUGUAUUCUUUGCCAUAAAAGAUGCAGUGGACUCUGCUCGGCAGGAACGUGGCUUACCUAUGAUCACACUCAACAGCCCAAUGACUCCUGAGAAGAUCAGAAUGGCAUGUGAAGACCACCUAACAAACAUGAUCCCAAGAGAUAAGCCUGGAACAUUUGUCCCCUGGUCUAUUGAUGUUACUAGCUGAACAAGAAAACGUUGUAUACCUGGAUAACGCAUACAGCCAUGCUGAAUUUAGCCUUUUCUCUAAUUAAUGAUUUUUACAAUUUCUCAAUAAAGAGGAAGACAUGAAUAUAAUUAAGUGCAAUUCCAAUUUCAUAUUAUCUACAAGGACCUUCCAACUUCACCACCACCACAUGCUUUCCACAGCUUUUUUCCUUUAGCCAGAAAGCUUUUGAGAAAAGUAACCAGAUUAUAUUCUCCAGAGCUUCAGAGGAAAAGCAUCUUGCUUCCACCCAUGUGCUCCUCCUCUUUACUCCUCCAUUCAUGAAUAAACUCCUACUCUAUCAUAGUGUUACACAUCAGCUUGGAUUCAUAGCUCUAGUAGCUUUCCCUCUGUAACCAUGGUUGUAGGUGCCACUUCUGAUCAGCUUAUCUUUUUCGUAAAUGGAAGAAAGGUAAGUGGAUGUCAUAUUUAGGGGCAUGUAUUUUAUAUGAUGCCCUCAUUUCAUUCGCCUGGUAAUUACAAUGCAAUGGAUGAUAAGCCCCUUCCUGCACUGAUCAUAGGAAAGAAUAUAUUCUUUAUACUAGUUAUAUCUCCCUAGACCAUUAUACAGUUGAUUUGGAUAAUCUUUAUAGUUAUCCUGGAUAUUUAUCCAUGUCAAUAAAAUCUGAGAAAGCCCAUAAUAUUUCAAUGUUAAAGAAACCUUCCAUCCAACACAUAUCAAUCCUUAUCUACUCUCUGAUAACCAUUCAAUGUCCAAAACCAAACUCCAUAUAUUCAAGCUGCUCCUUGGAAUCAAAUUCUGCUGCUUAGCUUGCUGUUAUCCAAUUCUCGUCUUUUGCUUGAUUUGGUAAUCUUGGCUGUAUUCAUACAUAUUAGUAACAUUAUGUUUUGAUUUAAGAGAAUUUUGUGUUAUCGGCUAGUACAGAAUGUAUUAAUAGUUUUUUGCAAAAUCCAUAUAGAUCACAUGAAUAGCGAACAUUUAAUUCUAGCUUGCUUGCUGAUCAUUGCUUUUCAUAGAUCCAUGCAAGUUGUUAGUGUUUUAUAGUCUGUAAUCUGAAUGUAAGACAAUCUGAUUAAAUUGAUUAAAAAGAUAUAUUACACCAA